GCAGGGGAGCUGGGGGAAACUGAGAAGACUUUAAAUUCUCAAAAGGACAGGACCACUUUAGGGAAGGGUGAGAGAGGAAGAAAGAAGAAAUGACACAAUAAAGACGACAGGAAGAACAGUGCCAGGAGGGCUGGUCUUUGAAACUGCUGCAUGAUGGGAGACUUUAUCAGGAAAGAGCCAACCAGGGCUUGGUCUUCUCUGCAAAUACUUUCCACACUUUGCUGAUCGCAGCAUUCUUGCUCUUUCAAACUGCAAAUGGAGUCUUGACUCAUCUGAGACACAGAGGAGAUGGUACAGGGAGAGAGACACUGAGGAGUGGGAUGACAUGGAGACAGAACCAUUUUGGGCCUGAAGAUCAGAUAGUGCUCGUGGUGUCCCUCUUUGCAGCUCCCAGCCUGUGGAUAAAAGGACGACUUGAGCCAGUGAAAUUCAAAUCCUGGUAUGAAAUGAGUGCAGACUUCCAGGAGCUCCUUUUUGUCAUUUCUGAGGCUUUGGUCACAGAUGAACUGGCAGCUCUGAAAUUUCUUAGCCUGGAGUACAUCCCCAUGAAGAAGCUGGAAGCCAUCCAGGAGACCAAGGCUUUCUUGGAGGUGCUGCAGGAGAAGGAUCUGAUUGAGGAGGGGAAUCUCUUCUUCCUGAAGGAGCUGUUCUACCUGAUCAACCGCAUCGACCUCCUGUCUGGCCAGCUGGGCUCCAGCAGAGAGGAGAUGGAGAGAGAGCUCCAGAUCCCAGGCAGAGCCAAGGUGUCAGAGUACAGGAAGCUGCUAUAUGGAAUUGCAGAAAACAUGCAUCCAGAUGAUGUCAAGAGCAUGAAGUUCCUGCUCCAAGAAGAAAUACCAAAGAGCAAGCUCCAGGAUGAUGCUUCAAUGUUGAAGGUUUUCCUGGAAAUGGAAAGAAACGGUAUAAUUAAAGAUGGUGACCUGAAAGUGCUGAAAGAUAAAUUAAAGAGAUUGAGAGCUGACUUAAAGAAAAGAAUUGUUGCCUACGAAGAAAAACAAAAAGAAAAUAAGUCCAAGGAAGAACUCUGCAGCCCAGUGCCUGUGUCUGGGCAUCCAUCAGUACAAGGAGCAGAGAGGCAGACACUACACCUGGAAACAUAUAAAAUGGAACAUAUCCCCCGUGGUUACUGUCUGAUUCUUAACAACUACAAGUUUAAAAAUCCAUGGGACAACAGAGAAGGAACACUGAAAGAUGGAGAGGCUGUCAAGAGGGUCUUUCAGUGGCUUCAAUUUGUGACAGUUGAGCACAUGAAUCUAGAAGCAGAGCAAAUGUAUGCAAAAGUUAAAGAAUACAGCAAAAAAGACCACACAAACAUGGACUGUUUUGUUUGCUUCAUUUUUUCCCAUGGUAUAAAAGACAAAAUCAGUGGUGUCGACGGUGAGUUUGUAAACGUUAAAGACUUAGUUUCCUGCUUCAGAGGAUCUAAUUGUCUUUCUCUUGCUGGCAAACCCAAGCUGUUUUUCAUCCAGGCUUGUCAAGGCUCUGGAAGUCAUCCAGCUGUCAAAGUAGUAGGUGACUUUCCCGAGCAUCUUGAGACGGAUACUCUCCCGUUUUCCAUUCCUGACCUGGCUGACAUUCUGGUUGGCAUGGCUACAGUGGAGGACUAUGAGUGCUACCGCUCAGGAGAGACUGGCAGUGUCUACAUCCAGUGCCUCUGUGAGAAGAUGGAGCUGCUUUGCCCGCUCCGCAAGGAUCUGAUGACCAUCCUGACAGAGGUGAACAAGGAAGUGGGACAAAAAGAAUUAAAUGGAUGGAAGCAGAUGCCAAAGAUAUCAUCAACUCUACGGAAGCAAUUGAUCUUCAAACUCUAGAAUGUCAGUCAACUGAAAAGUAGAAAAACACUGAUGCACUAAAUUAGGAAUCCCAUCUGGAAUGGGCUUCCCCAAGAAAGAGAACUUGCAAGAGAAGUUGUCUGGAUCUGUGUCAUUAGCCCCAGUCCUUCAAGGGGAUUAAAAUUUUCCAGUUCCCAUUUUUAAUCAGUCUUGUGGCAGGUGGAUCUGGAGCAGUUGGGUAAGGCUGCAUAGGAAUACAGACCUGGCUUCCUGACCUGCAGAAGCAUUGGAGUCUGUUCAGCCUGGGUUUCGAGAGAGGAAGCACUUCCAAAUAGUAUGAUUUUUUUUUAGGAAUUAUUGGGAAUGCCAUGGGAAGUCCCAUUUAUUUUCAAGUUGCUGUAAGUCCCUGAAGAAAAUAACAGAUUCAGAAUUCCAGGUCCCUUUGCAGGGAGUGUGUGGAAGAUUGUAACUGCUAUACCCAGAGGUGAAUUAUUGGCUGUCUCUGGAAGCUGAGUCAUUUUUAGUGGAAAAAUAACAUCCCUGCCCAGAAAGAUCAAAAAAAGAUUAUUAUGAUAAUGCAAAUUUGGUUCUUUUCCUCUAAAUAUUUGGUUUGCUUUAUAUUAUAUUUACUUGGCCCAGCAGCACUGCUGUUCAGGUUUUUUAGUAGUAAGUGUUCUAAUUGUAUUUUUAAUCGGAGUUCUUAGGGGGCAGUCUGCUUUGAAUGGCAAUUGAGCACUGGAAGGGAGGUCCCAUUCCGUGAGAUCCCUUUCUCUGAGAUGCCAUCUCCCUCCUGGGAGCUGACUUGUAGACUCUUGUUUCAGUUGUAAUAAAUUGUCUGGGUUU